CUUCCCUCAAUAUGAUCGAUCGUGCUCAUUAUUGCUCAUACCCACACAAUAGCUAGUUAGCUGUGUACAGUACAGUACAGAGCUGCUGUGUCGAACAGGAUUCAGCAAAUGCUCAGCAAGAAGAGGAUCACUGUGAUUUUGUUAUUGCCUACAAAGGAAUCAGGAGAAAAGACAUGUACAAAGUAAGUUACUAGUUACACCUGUACUACAUAUCUCUUGUCCCUUGAUCCACAUUCCUCAAUCCUCUAGUAACUUCUAUAUUAACAGAAAUAUCCUUAGGCCAGCCAGCUGAAGCUAUUCCGUCCCCAAUGGAUGGCCUCUCAGUCCAAUCUCUGCUACUAUAUCUAAAAUUCCAAUGACGCACCAUUUUGCCUGUUCCUGUUUCCUUGUCAUCUGCACUUUUUGUGCCGAACCAGCUAAUCAUGCAGGUAUCUUGUGCUGCUGCAGACCAGAUGCGGCAGAGUUUUCGCAGUCAAUUGGGGCCCUGUCAACAUUUAGAUAGACAUACCAUCUAUACCCGUACAUGUGUAGAUAUUGACAUAUAUCUCCCUUUUCAUAUCUUGAAAAACAACUUGCUCAACGGAAACGGCUUCUACUCUUCCUUGGUCCAAAAUGCGGGCUCUCAAGCUUCUAUUCGCCACGGCGAGUGUUGUUUCCGCAGCAUGUCCCUAUAUGUCAGGGGAUGGGCCUGACUCCCAGAAUGGCCCCCUCGAUCGCCGUCAAGAAGCUUCCCACGACACGGAGAAGUUUUUGAGCCAAUUCUAUCUCGAUGAUAAGGACUCGGUAAUGACAACGGACGUGGGCGGUCCAAUUGAAGAUCAACAGAGUUUGAAGGCUGGAAUCAGAGGCUCAGUGCUCCUUGAGGAUUUUAUCUUCCGUCAGAAGAUUCAACACUUUGAUCAUGAGCGGGUUCCUGAGCGCGCUGUCCACGCACGAGGAGUUGGUGCCCAUGGUGUAUUCACCUCCUACAGGGACUGGAGGAACCUCACAGCAGCGUCCUUCUUGAACGCCAAAGGCAAAGAGACACCAGUGUUCGUGCGGUUCUCCACAGUCGCCGGUAGCAGAGGCAGUGCUGACUCUGCUCGGGACGUCCAUGGCUUUGCGACACGUCUCUAUACGGAUGAGGGCAAUUUUGAUAUUGUUGGAAACAACAUUCCAGUCUUCUUCAUCCAGGACGCUAUCCAAUUCCCCGAUUUGGUUCACGCCGUCAAACCGAACCCGGACAAUGAAAUUCCCCAGGCUGCAACUGCCCAUAACACGGCUUGGGAUUUCUUUAGCCAGCAGCCCAGCUCAAUGCAUACACUCUUCUGGGCCAUGUCCGGGCAUGGAAUUCCUCGCUCAAUGCGCCACGUUGAUGGGUGGGGCAUCCAUACAUUCCGCCUUGUCACUGAUCAGGGCAAGUCGACUCUCGUCAAGUUCCGCUGGAGGACUCUCCAGGGAAGGGCGGGCUUGCUGUGGGAAGAAGCGCAGACUCUCGCAGGGAAAAACCCGGACUAUCAUAGACAAGACCUUUGGGAUGCCAUUGAAUCCGGAAAUUACCCUGAGUGGGAGCUCGGCGUCCAAAUGGUGGGUGAGGAAGAUGCGAACAAAUUCGAUUUCGAUUUACUAGAUCCGACCAAAAUCAUCCCAGAGGACAUGGUUCCCUUCGUCCCACUCGGAAAAAUGGUCUUGAACCAAAACCCAAGAAACUACUUUGCUGAGACUGAGCAGGUUAUGUUCCAACCCGGCCAUGUCGUUCGCGGCGUCGACUUCACUGAAGAUCCCUUGCUCCAGGGUCGUCUUUACUCCUAUCUUGACACACAGCUGAAUCGCAAUAACGGUCCAAACUUCGAGCAGCUCCCAAUCAACAGGCCCCGCGUCCGUUUCCACAACAACAAUCGUGACGGUGCCAGUCAAGCGUUCAUUCAUCUAAACACCGCGGCCUACACACCCAAUACGCUCGCUGGUGGACACCCUCUACAGGCCAACAUGACCCAUCACAGAGGUUUCUUCACCGCACCCUCGCGUAAGGUCAACGGCCCGUUGACGCGCGAGCGAAGCCCGAGCUUCGACGACGUCUGGUCCCAGCCUCGUCUAUUCUACAACUCCCUCACCCCCACGGAGCGACAAUUCCUCGUCAACGCCAUACGCUUCGAAACCUCCCACUUAACAAGCGAGGUCGUCCGCAAGAACGUCAUCAUCCAACUGAACCGCAUCGACAACGACCUCGCCCGCCGCGUCGCCCGAACAAUCGGCGUUGAAGCCCCGACCCCGGACCCAAAAUUCUACCACAACAAAACCACCGUCCCCCUCGGCACCUUCGGCAUGAGGCUCGAGAGACUCGACGGUCUGACAAUCGCCCUGCUAACCACCGGUGAUGCGGACGAUGUCAAAAUCGCCGAAAGCCUCCGCAAGGAAUUCGAGAAGGCCAACAAGAAAGUAAAUAUCAGACUCGUAGGCCCAGUCCUCGAGCCCAAGCAGGGCGUGACCGUGACAUACUCCGGCGCCGACGGUGCCCUCUACGACGGCGUGAUCAUUGUCGGUAACAUGGUCACCAGCGACUCGACGUACUACCCCAACGGACGGCCAAUGAGGAUCGCGGAGGACGCCUACUUGUAUGGAAAGCCCGUUGGCGGUGUGGGCCCAGGUGGUGAUCAGGCUAUGAAGGCCGUUCUGGCUGCGACUCGGGCUAGAGAUCAAUCGCCGACGCAGCCUGGUGUGUUUGUUUCCAAGGAUGUGAAUGAGGGGUUUGCGAAGCGGUUCUUGGACGACGGGCUGAGGGAGAAUAGGUUCUUGAAUCGGUUCUUGAUGGAUAGCGAUGCUGAUCACUCGUAAGUAGAUAGUCUUGGGUUGUGUGGUUUUGAACGUUUGUGUUAUAGCUCCUUACUUCUUUUCUUUUCGGUCAUGAGGUGGAAGUAAAAAUUGUGUACUUCUAUUUUUGUGUGAUCUGAGAAGCCAUAUUUUUAGUUACUUUAAUUAUAGUUGUUAAAUUCAGGGAUGUUAUGUUUCUAUUCCCGCCUUCCUUUCUUGAAUCGAAAUAAAUUUGUUGCAAAACUGACAUGCAGUCCAAUAGAAAGGGGCGAACUGUCAGGAAUCAGGCGUAAUUAAAUAAUAUAACUCCCAAUUAGUUAACUAGUUAUUAUGAUUAACAAUAUAUAUAAACCAACAGAAA